GGCCUCUGCCGAGAACCAGGCAGCCCCGGCACAGGAGACACGCGAAGCCGGUGCAGGGAUGGAUCGUGCCAAGCAGGCUUUCGAGCAAGAGAAGGCCAGGAAAGCGGCGGCACUGGAACGGGCCCGGGCGGCCCGUGCAGAGGCUCGGGGCGAAGGCCCUGUGGAUGCUUCCGAAGGCCGGUCAAAGGAAGAGGAGGCUCCGCCGGACUCCAGCAUCGAGAAGGCUCGGAAGGCUUUCGCCGAAGAGAAAGCUCGCAAGGCAGCAGCGCUGGACAAAGCCCGGGCAGCGAUGGCUGCAGCACAGAAUCAGGAUGAAUCCAACCAGGACACCGGUGUGGACAGAGCGAAGCAGGCCUUCGAGGAGGAGAAAGCCCGGAAAGCAGCAGCUUUGGAGCGGGCCAGGAGGGCAAGGGCCGCCGAGACCAGCCAGCCGAACGGAGUAGAGGCACCGCAGGACAUGGGCGCCAAGAGCGAUGUGGGCAUGGACCGGGCCAGACAGGCCUUUGAGGAGGAGAAGGCUCGCAAAGCAGCCGCCCUGGAGCGAGCCAGGAGGGCCUCCGCCGAGAACCAGGGAGCCACGGCCACCCCCCAGGACACUCGCCAAGGGGCCGCCGCAGGAAUGGAUCGCGCCAAGCAGGCUUUCGAGCAGGAGAAGGCCAGGAAGGCAGCGGCACUGGAACGGGCCCGCGCGAGGGUGCGGGAAGCCGGCCAGGCAGACCCAUCGGAAGGCCAGUCGAAGGAGGACGAGGCUCCACCGGAUUCCAGCAUCGAGAAGGCUCGGAAGGCUUUCGCCGACGAGAAAGCUCGCAAGGCCGCAGCGCUGGACAAAGCCCGGGCAGCCCGCGCUGCAGCACAGGGCCAGGACGGAUCCAACCACGACGGCGGUGUGGACAGGGCGAAGCAGGCCUUCGAGGAAGAGAAAGCCAGGAAAGCAGCAGCUUUGGACCGGGCCCGGAGGGCGGCCGCCGAGAAUGGCCACCCCAGCCGUGGUGGGGCGGAUAUGCGGCAGGAUUUGGGUGCCAAGGGCGACUUGGGCAUGGACCGUGCAAGACAGGCCUUUGAGGAGGAGAAGGCUCGCAAAGCAGCCGCCCUGGAGCGAGCCAGGAGGGCCUCCGCCGAGAGCCAGGGAGCCAUGCCCCAGGACACUCGGCAAGCGGCUGCAGGGAUGGACCGCGCCAAGCAGGCUUUUGAGCAGGAGAAGGCGAGGAAAGCAGCCGCGCUGGAACGGGCCCGCGCGAGGGCACGUGCAGCCGGCCAGGCAGAUCCUUCCGAAGGCCUUGGGCUUGGUCCCAACGCGGGCCUCGGAAAGGGCCGGGGACGUGGCCUCGGCGGAGGCUUCGGGAGCUGGCAGCUUGGCCGAGGUGGCCUUGGAGCUCGUGGCCUCAACGGCGGUGGCCGCGGCGGCUUUGGUCGGGGAAUGUUCGGUGGCUGGGCCGGUGGCGCUCAGGCGCUGUCUCCAGGUGUCCUUGUCCGUCUUUACGGGCUUAAGGCAAAGCCCGAGCUCAACGGCAUGAUCGGAAACUGCAUUUCCUUCGACAAGGGCAAGGGAAGAUGGCAGGUCCGCUUGGAAGAUAGACCUGGCGCAGAUAUGCUCUUCAAGGAGGACAACUUGCAGCCUGUGAGUGUGGACGAGUACGAGGCAGCCCAGGCAGCCGCCGAGGGUAUGGACUCACGACUGGCAGACAAGCUCCAGUGUCCUGCAGGGUAUCCGAUGGUGGUCGAAAUCGCAGCCGAAGUUUACGAAUGUGAUGUGUGUGAAGCGGAUAUCGAAGUCAGCACCAAGUUCCUGUACUGCGAGCGGUCUGACUAUGCAAUCUGCGAGACGUGCGCUGUAGAAAUGCUUCGAAGAGAAGCCUUGAAAGCUUGA